GAGGAAAUGGCUGAAGUGAGUUGGAAGGAGGCAGCUUUGUUAGCUGCAGUUGUUCUGGCAUGUUACUGGAAUGGUCUUUUCUGUGGGUUUGUCUUCGAUGAUGUCUCAGCAAUUCUAGAUAAUAAAGAUCUCCGACCUACCACUCCUUUGAAAAACCUGUUUCUAAAUGAUUUCUGGGGUACUCCUAUGUCUGAGGAGAGAAGCCAUAAGUCAUAUCGGCCACUGACUGUCCUUACAUUUCGCUUGAACUACCUAUUCAGUGAACUCCGUUCAGCAUCGUACCAUGGUCUCAACAUAGUUCUGCAUGCUGUUGUAUGUGUGUUAUUCCUGAGGGUCUGUAGGAUUUUCCUUGACAGCAGAUCCAGCCUUGUAGCUUCUUUGCUGUUUGCAGUUCAUCCAGUUCACGUAGAAGCGGUAACUGGAGUAGUUGGAAGAGCUGAAUUAUUGUCAUCUAUAUUUUUCUUGGCUGCAUUUUUGUCUUAUACCAAAUCAAAGGGCUUGGACAAUUCAAUAGUCUGGAGUCCUAUUGCAGCAACAGUGCUUUUAGUUGCUGCUGCAACAUUAUGCAAAGAACAAGGAAUCACUGUUGUCGGAAUAUGCUGUGUCUAUGAAGUAUUUGUAGCUCAAGGGUAUACAUUGCCAUUGUUGUGGGAUAUCGCUGUGCAGCUUGUUUGUGGAAAGGACAGUCUUCCAUAUUCACUUCUGCAAACAUUGUUGAAACUCAUUGUUCUUAUGUUCAGCACGCUGCUUUUGGUUGUCAUCCGUGUGCAGGUCAUUCAGUCUCAGCUUCCCGUAUUCACCAGGUUUGAUAACCCAGCAGCUGUUAGUCCUACUCCUGCGAGGCAGUUGACAUUUAGCUACCUCCUUCCUGUAAAUUCUUGGCUGUUGCUAAAUCCAUCAGAACUUUGCUGUGAUUGGACCAUGGGAACAAUUCCUUUGGUGGAAUCCUUACUGGAUGUCAGGAAUCUUGCAACACUUGCAUUCUUUUGCUUUCUGGGAUUACUAACUCAUUAUAGUCUUAGGUUUCCUGGAGAUUCAUCGAAGACUAUAAUAAUGGCACUUUCUUUGAUUGUUCUGCCAUUUAUCCCUGCAUCUAACCUCUUUUUUCCUGUUGGAUUUGUGGUUGCCGAACGGGUGCUGUAUGUGCCUAGUAUGGGAUUUUCCAUUUUAGUGGCUCAUGGUUGGAAAAGGCUGUCGGGCACUAGCUGCCUAAAGAAGUUAUCAUGGAUUUGCCUAGCAUUUGUGUUUCUGUCUCAUGCCAUAAAAACUGUGCACAGGAAUUGGGACUGGCAGUCGGAAUACACCUUGUUUAUGUCUGCCUUAAAGGUCAACAGAAACAAUGCAAAACUCUGGAAUAAUGUUGGACAUGCUUUGGAGAAUGAGCAGAAGUAUGAGCAGGCUUUAAGUUAUUUCAUCCAAGCUACGAAGGUUCAGCCAGAUGAUAUAGGGGCACACAUGAAUGUAGGAAGAACUUACAAAAAUUUAAACAAAACCAAAGACGCUGAAGAUGCAUACCUAAUUGCCAAGUCAUUGAUGCCACAGGUCAUUCCAGGCAAGAAGUAUGCAGCACGAGUGGCCCCAAGUCAUCUAAAUGUUUACAUAAACCUUGCAAACCUAAUACGUGCAAAUGAAUCUCGCCUAGAAGAAGCUGACCAUUUGUACAGACAAGCUAUAAGUAUGAGACCUGACUUCAAGCAAGCUUACAUUAGCAGAGGGGAGCUUCUUUUGAAAAUGAAUCGACCUACUGAAGCUAAGGAGGCAUAUUUGAAAGCUCUUGAACUUGAUAAUACAAACGCCGACCUGUGGUAUAAUUUGGCCAUCGUUUACAUUGAACUGAGGCAACCAAAUGAAGCCCUGAAAAAUUUUAAUCAGGCAUUACAGCUGAAUCCGAAGCACAAGCUGGGGCUUUUCAAUUCUGCUUUGUUAAUGCAAGAAUCUGGACGGUAUUACCCUGAUCACAGCAAAGGUCUAAUCCUCAAGGGGGAUAUACUAAUGAACCAAAUGAAAGACAUUAAAGGAGCUAAGAAGUGCUUUGAAAGAAUUGUAGAAAUUGACCCAACCAAUGUACAGGGAAAACACAAUCUUUGUGUGGUUUAUUUCGAAGAAAAAGACCUUUUGAAGGCAGAAAAGUGUCUGGUUGACACACUGGCUAUGGCACCUGAAGAGGAGUACAUACAUCGCCACUUGAGCAUUGUUCAAAGUAAAAUUGUAGCUUUGAAUGCUGCAGGGCAGAAGGGGCCUUUAGAAAAUGGCGGUGGAGUAUCAGCAGAAGAAAAAAAAACUCUGUUUGAAAAUCAGCCAGAACAAAAGAAUGGAAAGAGAAGCUCACAACCUACAAAUAUGUACAAUGACCAACAACUCAAAAAUGAGAAGCAAACCGAGACUAAAAAUUUGGACAAACAGUCUAAAAAGAAAUCGGCAAAAGAAAUCAAAGACAUUGAAAAGAAAAGAGCAGCUGCUUUGAAAAGACUAGAAGAGAUUGAAAGAAUUUUAAAUGUGGAGUAGUCUUAUAAUGAGUGUAUGGCUGGCAGAACAGCAGUGAUUUUUAAGCUACUAUAAUGGGUCUGGCUAAUAUUGGGAAACCUCAUUGUGGGUUUGCCCAAAGUGUGAAAUGCCAGCAAUGAAAAACUGAAUGUCUUUUCCAGAAAUGUACAGGAUUUUUAUGAAACUGUUGAACUACUGUCAUUUAUUGAAUUUUUGUUCUUAGUCAUGGCAGUAUAGCAUAACCUGGUGUAACCCACCCACAGUACUACUUAGUUGACAGUUUGUGUGGUCUUGUAGUCACAGUGCCCAAUCCCCUGUCCUCCGAAUGACUGCAUAUACAGAGGUCUUUUUAUUCCUAGUUAUGCUAUGUUGCCAUGACUAGGUAUACAUUUUUAGUAAAUAAAUGAUCUGAUGUUUUCUGUUAAGUCUUCAUCAACCUGUAGGUUAUGAUUCCAUCUUAGGGAGAGACUCUGCCGUUAGCAAGCUAAAGGUUCCAAACUGGAGCUCCUGCUAUCCUACCCAUAAUGUCUCACUCCCCCCAGACACCUCAGAUCUCAUUUGCCACGGAUCAGCAAUGAAUCAUGGGUCCUUUUUGAGCUCCUCUGUGGGUAUACUCAUCUGUGUUUUGUGAUACAUGAGUUGACCUGGUCUAUUUUUUUCUUUGUUGCUUCCUACUGCUUUCUUCAGCUUUAUAUUGGUAAAGAAAAAAAAAACUCUCUAGCUUUAGUUUUCUGUGUCUUGCCUCAUGUUCUUCCUGUCGCUCCUUUCUUUUUUUUCCUUCCUUCCUUCAGUUAUGUUGGAGAAAUCCAGUAAGCCUGUAGGAAAUGCACUUCCUCUGGGCACAAGAUUCCCAUCUCUGAUGCCCACAGGGAGUGUGUUUAUUGUCUGGGGCCUGCACACCUCAUAGUGAUGUGUUGUAUCUGCAGGGCCUUCCAACCUCAGGCUCUUGAACAUAGAAGGAGUAAGUUGGUUUUGAAAGGGUUUAUUUUACUUCCCUCCCCAGCUAACCCUUCUGUCUCAGGGGCUCAAACCUCUUCUGAAAAAUCGGAGGAGGCCAGGGAGUCUAAGAAGUGGUCACCAGAUCCCUCCUCUUUAGCUGUUUUGGAGCCUCCCAAAAGGCCCCGAGAACAUCAGAGCAGAGCUUGUCGACUCUGACUUCAGCGCAUACCCCUCUGCCCUGUGCCCCAUUUGUUACUUCUGGGCCAGAGCCAUCUGUGCCGAGUACCUCCCCUUCGGAUGUCUCUCCUUCCCCUGUCACCUCUUCCAUCAGGUCCUCUUGGAGCUUGUCAGAAAAUAAGGUGGACAGACUGAGGAAAUUUCUCUGCACGCAGAUCUAGAUGGGGAUCAUUCCAGCUGUGUCCCAUACAGGAUCCGUGAGCGGAGCAUCCCCUUGCAAGAUAAUCUCUCCUUCUCCAAUCCGUCCUACGGCUUUGGAGCUCCCAGAUUCAUUGGUCCCAGAGUCCUAGACAUUGGGUUAGAUUAUUUGAACUUCAGUCCUGACUGCUUCUCUAACUCGCUCAGUGCUGACUGCGUCGGGGCCUAGCACAUCUCUGAGCCGAAGCCUCAGCUUCAAGUCCGGGAGGAUGACUUCGACUCCAAAGUUCUCGGAGCCAUUUUUUCCCUCUGUACUGACUCCUCUGUUGGAGUGGAGGGCUGGUUUAUUGCUUUCAUAAAGCAGUUGUUAAAGUUCUGGAAUGGCUAUUCAGAUUUUAAUUUUUGAUAUUUGUCACUUGCCACUUUGUGAAUCAGCCGUAGACUCUAGAGAUUGACCAGUAGGUUUAAUGACCAUGUGGGUUUUAAAAGACUGAUGAAUCACCAUGAUAAUAAAGAAAAACUGUACCUCUGA